GCCCAGAGAGUGGCUGUGGAUCCCGGGAGCUCCUGUGAUUUGCGGCAGGUUUUUCAGGUCCCCGCCUGUCACACACACACGCGGAUACUUAAGCAGUCACCCAAGGACCUGCGGGGUUCUUGUUUUACACACUUCUGGUUCCUGCCAGCUCCAGUGCCUGGCCCCAUAGCCCUGCCCCAGGAGGAGAUGGCCACGGAGAAGCCAGUGACUCCCACUGAGGAGCAGCUGGAGAUCCUGGAGUACAACUUCUGCAAGGUGAACAAGCACCCUGAUCCCACCACACUGUGCCUCAUCGCAGCUGAGACCGGGCUCUCCGAGGAGCAGACCCUGAAAUGGUUCAAGCAGCGCCUGGCAGAGUGGAGGAAGUCUGAAGGGCUGCCCUCAGAAAGCGGGUCUGUCAGAGACUAGAGGAUGCUGCUCCGAUCCCCAUGCCCGCUGUAAAUGAUGGUGAAGCUCUUCAGAGUGGGUUUCCUUGGGAUUCUUCUGUUGCAAUAGGUUUUGAGAUACAAAGUAAUACCCUGCUAUUUAACAUAAUUUUUAUUUAAAGUGUACAUAACCAGAAAAAAAAGUAUUAUAUAUAUAUGUGUGUGUAUACAGCUUCUGAUGGCUGCAUAACCUGUCUAGUGAUUCCCAUCCAUUAACAGCGGCUGCACGGGGCAAAGCAAUCUCAUGCCCUUGUCCCAGGCUUGUGGAAAAGCUGCCGUGAAAGGUUCAGACAUAGA